GGCCAGCAUCAACCACCUUGCUCUCGAUCCAGAAUAUACCAUGUCCAUGGAGGAUGUGGUGACUGCAUCACAAGAAGCUGGACAGGUCAUACAGCCCGGUGGACAUUUGUGUGAAGUGGCCUUAUGGGCCAAAUGGAAGCACGUCGGAUCCGCCAGGGCGGUGUUGGAGUCCAGCAUCGUCCUGGUCAGCGUUAAAGGCUUUGCAGAGUGCGUCCGCAGGGAUCCAGCUGUGGAUGCGAUGGCAUCGGUAUAUGCGAAGACGUUUGUCCAGCUGCUAAAUGAUUCAAACGUGGUGGCCGAGGAAGAGCAG